AUGGCGGUAGGAUACUUUGAAGCUUUCGUCAAAACAUGGAGAAAUCACUGGGUUGAGUGGAAAAAACGAGGCUUAACAAAGACGUUUCUGAAAGAUUUCGUUGACGAUGUUUCCACUGACUUCUAUAUAUCAGCUAAUGAUAUUCUUCUAUGUGCAGUUCUUGGCAUUUUCUUCACCGUAGCGCGUUUCUUCUUGAAUGAAGCAGUUUUUAAGGUAAGAGGACAGAGGUACGUUGUUUCAACCUAUUUUACAUACUAGGUUGGCCAGGUCAUCAGAGGCACCCAGCGACUUUUUUUCUGUAAAAUAAUUGUUAGAAGUAGCAAAUAUUGCCUAGAAAAUUCUAAAGCUUGAGAAAAGCUAAAAAUUUCUGGAUAACCGCUCCAUUCGUCUAAAAUAUUCGGAGGUUUUCUAAUAGCUUAACUACGAUUUUCGUAGGUUGUGUUAUUGCGAUUAUUGUUAAAAAAGUUCUCUUAAAGCUUUCGGUAUAAAGACAAACGUCCCCUAAAAUUUUCUAAUGAAAGCAAGGCUACUUUUCAACCGGACCCAUAAGCGUAGCUAACACUUUCGGAUGAGACGAAAAAGCCACCUAAAACUUUCGUGAAGACCAUAGUUCCUCUAAGACAUCCGAACAGAUGAAUAGUUUUUAGGGCAACUUCAAAUCAACCAAACAGGCUUCUAGUAAAGCAUAGAGACUGCAACCACCUGAGACACUUCUGGCGCAUUUUGGAAACAUUCGGUCGUGGGUGCGCCUGAAGUCAUUGGCCCUAGUUAUCUUUUUAAAAGUAAACAUUGAAGUAAAAUGUGUAUAAAUCAAGAAAACUAAUUAAAACAUAUCAAUGCGAAUUCAAUGUAAAUUACGGCUGAAAAAACUUCAAAGGGAAUAUUUAAAAGCUAGAUAUGAAAUUUGAGGCAAAUAAAGAAUUCAAGGGAAAUCUCUCCUUACAAUCCCAUUCUAGACACAAGUCUAGCAUUAAUGUCUAGGUACGUUUGGCUUAAUCGCUGGUAACUUACUAUUUGCCUAAAUCACGAUCACAUACUGACUUUGCAAAUUUAUUAGUUUUUAUAAACCUGACUUAAAACGUUUCUUACAUGAGUAUAUAAUGAUUAAUUAUUCCUCAUCGCUCUCUUGAAAAGCUUGAAAGCAACUGUAUUAUAUUUCUUCAUACAACAAAACAUAUACAGGAUAUGUGACGGUGGCGCGAAGAUACGAAUUUUAUUUUCGAGUGGCAAAACAAUAUCUUACGAACGAGCGCAGCGAGUGAGUAAAAUAUUGUUUUAGCCUGUGAACAGGCCUUUGGUCGAGCGGGGAACUAGGGAGAGGGAAAAGCGAAAAGGCCUUCCCCCCCUCCCCCUUCCCUUCCUUUCCUUGCAAAAAACAGAGAGCAUGUUCACAGGCUAAUAUUGUUUUUGCCACGAGAAAAUAAAAUUCAUAUCUUCAAACCGCCGUGUAAUGUUCUUUUUAUUAUAUAGACAAAAAGACAUCAAUAAAAUAAUAGAGGGAAAUGACCGAAAUUACGUCAUCGAUAAACUCACGUGUGAGAUUAUGGAAAAUAAACCACUCAGGUCCCGGAUGUAGUUUUCAUGAAUUUUGCGAGUGGUAUAUUUUCCAGUAAAACAUUCGUGUCUAUAUAAUACAAAUAGUUAUGGCUUGCUUCAUUACCACUGAUAUUGGUAUAACAAAUAAUUAUACUAUAAAAUCUCUCUCUUCUUAUAUAUAGAUAUAAAAUGUAUUUUCAAAAUAUUUUUGAUAGAACGUUAGUGAUAUAAGAAAAAUAAUAUUUUCUCAUGUACAUUAAAAAUUGAAAUUUUCAACGAUAAAUAACACGAUAAUUUUGUUUUAAUAUGAAACACUAGCAACCAUCAAAACAAAAGAAAGUAAUGGAUGCAUUGGUGCCUCUGUUUCUUUAUAUUUGAAUAUUACCAAUCUCUCCUUUGUGCCUUGAGCAGGUCUUUCCGGUAAUAAUAGAUCACAGGGGACGUCAAAUGUCUGCGGUUCAUGUGCUAAAACACAUUUUAACAUCAUUUGUGAUUGAUUACUGAACAGACACACGGCAAAAAGGAACCAAGUGGUAAACUAUAAUGCGUGAUCCUCUUAGACAUCAUAUUAUGAUAUGAAUCUUACGUAACGUAGAUUAGUUACAAAAGAAGAAAUGUAUGGGGAAAAAAAAUUCGUGCAAAGCUUGCGCCUCUGACAGAAAAAAAAAAACUCCCCCCUCCCUCGCCCUAUUGCAUCACCUUUUCGAUGCCAGUUGGCACGAAGCUCUCGGAACGCCAUUUCUGAUUGGUUCAUCACUUUACUUCAGUUGCAAAGGUUGCAACCAUUUCAUUUUCAAUCUACUGAGUUAAUCUACAAGCUUCUACAUUAUCAACCCAAAUGAUAACACGAAAUCUUUGUAUUUCACUCCCCUUUCGAUGCAACACCAAAGUUUCUCUAGAAUAUAACUAAUUAACCCUCCAAUCACAUCAGCUUGGUUCAACGCCAGUCAUAGAAAUCUCGUACCAAUUACUCUCGAUCAGGCUCACGCGGCCCUAAAGGGUAAAUUUCAUAAGUUACUGCGCUUGGUUUUGGAGACUGAGGAGGUCUAUGUUGAUGUGAGUCGUACUAUUACCAGUUCCUACCUGAGCUGACUUCUUAUUCAGUUAAAGUGUUCUCCUUCCUUAUGUAUCCAUAAUUUUAGUUUAGUAUCGUUCUUGUUGUAGUUUUCACUUAUAAUGUCCAGGAUUGCACUCUCUAAUACCAUCAACUGACGUGAUACAACUCACUUUGACUCCGAAGAUUACUACCGCACAGGUUGCCGAAACGUCAGUCACUCUCAAAAGCAACAGUCCUAUUCAGUCUAUUCAGGACUACGUUUACCCGGAAGAUCAUACUCAAGCUACUUAUGAAAAAAUUUAGUGUUAGCAAAGUUUUAUCGAAAUUUUGGCAAAAUAAAGUCGAAGCGGGGGAACUGCUUGCAGCAAUGUAUAGAAGAAACAGCAAAUAUAGCAAGAAUAAACACAAGAAGUUCUUUCUUUUCCGUCCUUUGCAAAUGGUAUUUAUUUAUAGGAGACUCAUGAUUAUUGUAUUGAUACCCACCUAUAACAUAACAUAGUCAACUCAUAAAAUAAUUAUUUUCAAAUCAAAUAAACUGUUAUUUUCCCAUAUAAUGUGAGCAAUGUAAAUAUAAAAUGAAAAACACCCUCCAUUUAGCAUAACAGCAUCCACUAAAGUUUUCGAAACACUCUGAUUUCAUUUGCAGCCCAUCUUCAGGAAGUUUAAACUGCUUGCGAAAGAAGAGGAAAAAUGCCCUGAAAGUGCCUUCAAGCUUUUGUUUUACUCCAUAGCAUAUGGAUAUUGUUUCCACUUACUAUUUAGUGGCAAAUAUGACUUUUUUCAUGAGACAAAGAACUGUUGGAGAGGUAAGUGUUUUAACACACGAGUCAGCCAGUUUUAAUAAGUGACGAUCACGCUGAGUCCAUUGGUUAUUACUGGAGAGUUGCCGGAAUUGAAAUACAAGUCCAAGCUAAUUUUACCUCACCGUGAUAGAACAGGGAAAAUAACUUAGAGCGCUUUGAGUCCGGAAAGCACAAAACUUCAAGUCAAAUUCCUCUAAGCUUUAGCUUUUAUAGGCUGAUUUGGACCCUUGACGAAUUUAAAUGAAAAAUCGAGAGCUCGAUUUUUUUUACAGAAUGGUUGGUUUAUCUAGACAGCCAGCUCUAACAAUGCUAAUUUGAUACAGAAUUUUUGGUAUCUCUAGUUAAAUCUAAUAAACGCGCUAAAAACGCGCUACAUCCGGGGCUUGGUAUGCAAGUCCACACUAAUCCCGUACCCAGAUCUCUUGUCGACGAGGUCGAAGGCGAGCGGCUUCGUCAAUAAGAGUUCUGGGUACGAGAUAAAGUCUGCACCCCUUUUUGUGUCGUGGGUUUUUAUUGAAAAGUCAGUUUGUUUUGUAUAAUGGCCUCGGAAAUGUUAGCUUUCUACCAUUUUCCUACAAAAAGACAUUCUUAGGCUUCGUUACGUAGCUUUUUGCUAGAAUAAAAAGUCCGAUUCAAGUAAAGCUCUCUGUCCUUAAAACGCUCUACCUCUUUUUUUUAGGAUGGCACAAAGGAAUGCCAGUUCCUGAUGACAUUUACACGCUCUAUGUUGUGCAAGCGGGGUACUACAUUCAUGCCUUAUAUGCCGUAUUGUUUAUGGAUCUGUGGAGGAAGGACUCAAUUCUGACGUUUUCACAUCACAUUCUUACUAUUUCACUUAUUGUAUUGUCAUUUUCGCUAAGGUAAAAAUUGUCCUUAACCAACUUAAGGUCCAGCUUGGGACGCCUGGGACGAUUUUUUCAAACGAGGGUGGGGGCUUUGACUCCUUUUACUUGCGCAGAAGGUGCAGCAAUAAUACAAAGUUGGAAUGAAUCAGGAUGGAAAGCAUACGAAAAUAUGAGGUGUUAGCCAGUCUAACUUUGUGAAAGCAUGGUUUGAACUAAGAAGUCAUCUCAUAAGUAGUCUGAGUGUGAUCGUACGGGUGAGGUCCUGAAUAGGACUGCUGUUGUUGACAGCGACUAACGUUUCGGCAACCUGUGUGGUAGUCAUCUUCGGGGUCAAAGUGAGUUGUAUCACGUCAGUUGAUGGUAUUAAACUCUGGUUAUUGACUUGAUUAGUCAAAUAAGUCUCGAUGUUAUUGGUCGUGCCGUGCUGUUAUUGGCAACGAAGACUCGAACUAUUAUCGGUGCGUUUCGUCACAGUUAACAACAUUCCUAGCCCGCCAGGACUAGGAUCACCCAGACGAUCACGCUUCACCUACUCAUAAAAACUAACUUUGUGUGCAUCGAACUCGUGGCAAACCGUUCUUGAAUUCCCUUUAACGGUACGUUUUGCACAUUCACAACGACUUUAUUCAACUUUAGAUGCUGAGUCGAAGUUGUAUUGGCUAAGCGCAAACUACACUGUGUCCCUACCACCUUUCGUGGCAAUAUAUAUUGACGUAAGUGGCAUGCGUAAAAACGGUCAUAUCACCAGAGACCCUCAGAUAGCAGAGGCGAGUGACAAAGGCGGUUUUUAGAAUAGCCCUUGCAUCUUUUCGGUUUUAUAGGUUCCACGUGAAUUGUAAAUUUGUAAAUUCAUGUAAUUUGUUUACUCACGGAUCACCUAGGAGUUCUUAAGAAGUCGUUGAAAAGCGUCCGUGCGUUCCAGAUAGAAUUGGAAUUUGGAAGUGAUGGUUUUUUAGGGAGGGGGGAAAACUGGAGUGCCGGAGAAAAACCUCUUGGAGCAAGAGAGAGAACCAAGGACAAACUCAACCCACAUGUGGCGUCAACGCCAGGAUUCGAACUUAAAUCAUCCUAAACUUAAAUCAACUGUUAAGCUACAAGUUGUAGCUGCAGUGAGCUUUUCAAUGCGAUAUAGUUCGAAGCAAACUGUUUUUUUUUUCUCUUUUGUUUCAUUUCAGGUACCAUAAAAUUGGUGUUCUCGUCCUGUUUCUACAUGACGUCAAUGAUGUAUUUUUAGAAUUCGGUAAACUCUGUGUGGCAUUCAAGACGCGCAACGGAAAGUACCAUCUUCUUCCAGACAUUCUCGGUUCUGUUACAUUUUUGUGCUUUACGUUACUCUGGUACGCAAUGUUGUAUUUGUUAAUCAAAAAUACCCUAGGGUACUUACCAUUUACUUGGGAAAACCAGAAGUUCCGGUUGGGAAAUCAAAUGGUUCGAGCCAUUCCAUUUUGGUACUUCAGAAAAUAUGGGCUGUGAUUUAAGGUGAUGCAAUUUUUGUAGUCUAGUGUGUAGCUAAUUUGGAUAUACUUUGUAGCGGGUCGUUUUCCCACCACGUCAAAUUUUAUAGUUUUAUGUCUAUGCACCGAAUUUCCAUCCUGGUGGUUUGAGUAAAUGGUAAACAUCCAAUGCAUCUCAAGUAAACACUUUUAAUAGCCGGCACUGUGGGCCGGCGUUUGAACUUUCUUUACUAUACUUAGUUAAUAUGCUCUCCCUUCCCUUCAUUCUCUAUCUAACGCAGUUUAAGAUAACCGAACGCUUCACUGCCCAGAGCUGAUCAUGACAGGACCCUAAAAAAAGCCAACACAGUUUAAGUUGCUGUUUCCUUACCGCAAUCAUUGCGCAUUGUUUGAACCGUAAACAAGUGGUUACUGUUAGUUGGGAAGCGCAAAACAGUUCUCCCACGGCAUGCGUAUGGGGAUGGAAUCGGGAAAAUUGACCUGUGUGCCCAAACAAUUUUGAAAAAAUACCAAUUUUUGCACUGAGCCACACGUACCAACACCGCGGUGGAGCUGGCGCUCAAAAGAGUGCUUCUUUGCGCUCGCCUCGGUUGUAAAGGGUCUUUGAUUCUUGACGGGUUCGUCCGUUCAUAUACCCGACGGCAAUGCCAGCUGUCCAUGGCUGCCACCGCCGAGGUGAUAUGGUUGUGCGUAUGCGUAAGGUAAAGGCCAUACCACGGAGUUGGUACGUGUGCUUUAAUGCUAAAAUUGGUAUUUUUUUACAUUAAGAUCUGCACUUAUCUUACCUUUCUAAUAAUCACUGUUUUAAGGGUUUAUUGCCGACUGUACCUUUACCCAAUCAAAGUGCUCUUCGCUGGAAGCUACGAAUUCAGUAAGCUUGUUCCAAACCGCCCAUUUUACUUCUCUGGCAAUAUNCAUUCUCGGUUCUGUUACAUUUUUGUGCUUUACGUUACUCUGGUACGCAAUGUUGUAUUUGUUAAUCAAAAAUACCCUAGGGUACUUACCAUUUACUUGGGAAAACCAGAAGUUCCGGUUGGGAAAUCAAAUGGUUCGAGCCAUUCCAUUUUGGUACUUCAGAAAAUAUGGGCUGUGAUUUAAGGUGAUGCAAUUUUUGUAGUCUAGUGUGUAGCUAAUUUGGAUAUACUUUGUAGCGGGUCGUUUUCCCACCACGUCAAAUUUUAUAGUUUUAUGUCUAUGCACCGAAUUUCCAUCCUGGUGGUUUGAGUAAAUGGUAAACAUCCAAUGCAUCUCAAGUAAACACUUUUAAUAGCCGGCACUGUGGGCCGGCGUUUGAACUUUCUUUACUAUACUUAGUUAAUAUGCUCUCCCUUCCCUUCAUUCUCUAUCUAACGCAGUUUAAGAUAACCGAACGCUUCACUGCCCAGAGCUGAUCAUGACAGGACCCUAAAAAAAGCCAACACAGUUUAAGUUGCUGUUUCCUUACCGCAAUCAUUGCGCAUUGUUUGAACCGUAAACAAGUGGUUACUGUUAGUUGGGAAGCGCAAAACAGUUCUCCCACGGCAUGCGUAUGGGGAUGGAAUCGGGAAAAUUGACCUGUGUGCCCAAACAAUUUUGAAAAAAUACCAAUUUUUGCACUGAGCCACACGUACCAACACCGCGGUGGAGCUGGCGCUCAAAAGAGUGCUUCUUUGCGCUCGCCUCGGUUGUAAAGGGUCUUUGAUUCUUGACGGGUUCGUCCGUUCAUAUACCCGACGGCAAUGCCAGCUGUCCAUGGCUGCCACCGCCGAGGUGAUAUGGUUGUGCGUAUGCGUAAGGUAAAGGCCAUACCACGGAGUUGGUACGUGUGCUUUAAUGCUAAAAUUGGUAUUUUUUUACAUUAAGAUCUGCACUUAUCUUACCCUUCUAAUAAUCACUGUUUUAAGGGUUUAUUGCCGACUGUACCUUUACCCAAUCAAAGUGCUCUUCGCUGGAAGCUACGAAUUCAGUAAGCUUGUUCCAAACCGCCCAUUUUACUUCUCUGGCAAUAUUAUGCUAUGGAUUCUUUUUGGUAUGAACUUGUGGUGGUUCCAGUACAUUUUACGGAUGCUGAUUCGAGCGGUGACAGGAAAAAAGUUGGAAGACAUACGAGAAGAUUCAGAAAUUAAAGAUGCAGAUGGCAAAAUUGACUGAAUAGAGUGGGAAUGGAAUAUGUCACAAUUAUGAAGACAUGGUAAUUAAGGAUGCAUUGUGUAGAUAAACAUUUUUUUGCAAAGUGCAUUGUAAAACUAACAAUUCAGAAAUUUCUCGGGAAAUGCAACAAAGGGUUCAGUGCUUUUCCUGUAAUCGAUAAAAUUUACACACCCAAAUUUAGUGUUUCAUACAGAAGCUGAAACCUCAGAACAACCUGAAUUUUAAAAAUUAUUUUCUAAUUUGAUCAGGGCCCUGGCUGCUUGUAUCGCUAAGGCGCUGCCGGGUCGUUGAGAACUGAGUGGCUAUAAAUUAGUGAACAAAUCGUAAUAUCAGGUGCUAAAGUAAAACCAAAGCAAUCAUCUUUCAUGUGUAGAAAGCAAAUAUUUUGUAGCCUCUAAUGCGAUUUUAUUUACACAGUAACACCAAUGAUGAAUGGAUGGUUGGACGGAUGGACAGUUUCUAGCUUGGAAAAAUUUUCGCCAAUUAAAGAUAGGAGGCAAAAUGUUAUAUACCUCCACCUAUUCUUGUUACCAAAGCUUCAUUGGAACCCCUUGCAUGCCUGAACUUCAGUGGCUAGUCAAACGAUAAUUUCAUCUAACCAUCCAUCCAAAAUUCACGAUCCAACUGACUGAAACCACAGUAGACCUCAUGAUUUGAUAUAUAGAAAAACAUGGCACCUUGAUCUAAAGAAUAUGCUAAAAAAGAGAUGAUAAAACAAUUGUGAGGAAACUCUUUCUUUAAUUUUUGUUUGGCUCUCUUGCCAGCUGCACCCUCAUCUAUACUGAGGUUUGAAAUGACACAUUUUUUCUUCUGUUUAUUUCUUUAUUAGGCUCUCUUUUAAAAUUAUACAUCAUGUUGUACGGUGUUAAUUUUAAUUCAAUAACGAGGUUUGCAAAAUGCGAGCCGUGCUCUGUGGCAGAUAGCCAUUAUAUUUGCAUCUUAAAUCUCCAUGCAAACGGACGCAACGUUGUUGGCCAACAACUCCCAGCAUUUUUAGAUGCUACAUGUUGCGUCCCUUUGCACACCUUGUGCAUGUUGUUGUAUGUUGUUGCGUGCUGUUAGUAGUUGUUGCGCAAAGUUUGAGACGGUCAAACGUUAUCCAGGUGCAGACGGACGGAACAACUCCCAGCAUUGUUGGGCUAAAAAUUUGGGAGUUGUUGCGUUCAUUUGCACGUAGCUUAAUCCACAUUAAGUUGCGCCAACAAUGCUGCUUGCUGUUGCGUCCCUGUUGCAGUGGUGAGCAAACGGAUGAAACAACAUGCAACAGGGCGUGCAAACGGACGCAACAUGUAACAUCCUACAAUGUUGGGAGUUGUGGGCCAACAAUUAACGUUGCGUCCGUUUGCAUGGGGCUCCAGUAAAAACUUUUCAUUGCUAAGAAAGGUCAAACACAGGGGAACCACACAAAUUGUGACUAUUGUAACGCUUGAAUUUAGAGGAACUGUAUGGGAAUAUCCGGUAAGGGAGUAUUGUCGUAAUGUUUGAAUGCGACGAUUUCUUACAUAUAACUUGAGAUCAAAAUAAACGUCUUUUUUUCUGAAAUGUUGUGUAUUGUCGUUCUAGCAGCAGAAAACGAGAAUUAUAGUGAUUUAAAGGGUUUUACAUUCGACGUUUACCUGAGCGUAUAUCUCAAAGGACGAACGACUUUUUCGAAACUCUAAUUACAGUAACUCUUGUUGGGACUUGUGUUGUUUAGUUUGUCUGUUUUUUAUUCAUUUACCGUAAUCUGUAACGGUCACUUUUGAAAACGAACAUAAAUCUGCAAAUCCAAUGCAAAGAUGAUCGGACUAUGUAAGAAUUACCUUUACAAGACAUCAACAUCACAUCGAUAGACUCCAAACAGAAAGAGGUUUCAGCCGUUAGCUGUUUCGCCUUUAUUGCGGCUUAUCAGAACGGAUUAACAACAGAGACGCUCUUCUUAGAGUCUGUUAAAAGUCCUACAUUGAUCGUCAGACCCGCCGAAUCAUGUCAUAUUACGUGUCUCCGGGAGGGCUACCGAGUAAAAAGAAUCUUGAAAAAGACAUCAAGUUGAUAUAAAAUGCGUAGGUUUACAGCGUUUAUCACCGUUAUUUGUGUUUGAAUUCUGUACUGGUUCAGUUGUAUUCAGACAAAAUCAUUAUGGCCCUUGCUACAGAACAUUGGAUAGAGAAAGACGCCGCAACCCUGAUCAUUUCUUCAAAACAGAAAGUCACAGAUGAUGUGAAACCGCGCGUGCUGCAUGUACCAGGCGUUGAGAUAGUGGAGUGAGAUGCGAAGUAAGAUAGCUGGAAAAAAAAAUAAGGAGGAAGAGAGGUAGAGAGGACUGUUUUUUUUUCUGCUCACAGCUUUUCGCGCCAUCCCCAUGAUCUGAACGCCGGGCAACAGGUUUCGCGUGAGUGCACAGGUAACCCCAUCGACCGUGUUGUUGUAUUUGUUUAAAUUAGCAUUUCUGGCCGUUUCAGCGAGAUUCUAGCGAGUUAUAGUUCUACCGUUGCUCUCAGCUGUAUACUAAAAAAUCUCUAUUAAGUCCCCCGGGGUUUUCUUUUAUUUCAAACACAUUUGAGUGGGGCUUAUUUGAGAGGGGGGCUUAUUAAAUUUAGAAGACAAUGGUAUCAGUUUUUCACAAACAACUAGAAUACAAAGUGGAAAAUCUCAAGUACAAGAGGUUGGAGGUAAUACAGCGGAGGUUCAAAAACAAAUCCGAACUUCCAGUUGAUAAAUAAACCAUUCAAAUGAAGGCUUACAGUCGUGAUUGAUUAAUACACUCUAUUGUUUAUUAGUGAAGAAUCAGAAUAAGGGGAAGGAAAGGGGGGGGGGGGGCUAGGGGGGGAGCUUAUCAACUUUCUUCCCCUGAAAAGGGGGGCUUAUUAGAGAAAGGGGGCUUAAUAUAGGAUUUACGGUAAAGAGAGAGCAAUGGUAAACUUGGAAAUCGCAAUCCCUCAUUGCAACGUAACGUCAGGCGCGGAUCCACACCGGUUUCCACCGUUUUACGGAAAUGGGUCACAUUUUUCAAAAUAAAUAAUACUGUAAGAUUUGGCCAAUAUCCUGUCUGAAUAACUUGGAAACACAGGGAAAGGGACUCAAGGAGUAAAAAUCCGAAACAUUUCCUGGGGGAGCCCGCCCCCGGACCCCGCUAUAAGAUUGCGUCUUCGGCGCUCGAUUUAGGGAAUCGGUCAGUAUUUUUCCUAAUCUAUCCGCGCAAGGUUAUGGUUGGCAGCCGCACUGAGAAAGGAACCAGACGGCUUAUAAGAGAAAAGGCGGAACGUAAACUGUGGUUUGAAGUUCAUUGUUUAUUUUAUUUUGUUUUAUUUAUUUAUUUAUUUAUUUAUCACAAUCUAUGGUCAAAGGCCGAAGGAUAAUCUGUAAAGGAGUAAACCCCAUAUAAAAAAAGAUCACCUAUGAACUAAUGUAGAUACUUAAUAAAAAACAAACAAGCUAACUAACUAACUAACUAAAAACCCCUAAUGAAUUUCUUAACUCUAGACUUAAAAAUAUUUACUUUAUCAGAACAACGAAUAUCUAAAGGUAGUUGAUUCCACAAGUCAGUUUCUUCAAGUCACUCUACACGUGAAGUUGGGGUUCCUGUGGUGAGUGUUCCUCACAGGAGGGGACACUCCCUCCCCUCCCUUAUUCGAUUAUCUCUGUCUUUGUGCUGCACAAAGGCGGUUUUCAAUAUGGCUGUUGGUUACUUUGAGGGUUUCUGCAGCAUAUGGCACCAUUGUUGCAUUGAAUGGAAGGAACGAGGCCCCAGAAAAACAUUUCUGAAAGACUUUAUAAAUGAGCUUUCCGUUUAUGGAUUUAUAUCAGUACAUGACAUUCUUCUAUGCCUACUUCUUGGCGUGUUUUUCACUUUUUUACGUCAUGUUUUGACGGUAGCUGUGUUUAAGGUGAGAUUUGAUUUUAACUGCCUAAUACUACUACUUAUUUUUUAUCAUUAAAUUGCAAAAGUGUUUACUCUUUUUGUUCUUAUUAAACUAAAAUCUUAUUUAAGCUUCUUUUUAACCAUGAUAGGCUCUUUUAUUUAAGUUUACUCAUCGAAGUAGAAAUUAAUAAUAAAACGACCUGAACAAAUGAUCAAGGCUCUACAAAAGACGAACAAAAUUGCCCACAAUUGCGAAAAAAUCAGGUUAUUCUCACUGUCGUGGCAAGUAGUGGAUUGCGUGAUUGCGGCCGAUCGCUAUUCCAGGCUAUGACAUCGAGCUUAAAAUAGCGAAGUUUUAUCCGGGACUAGGUCGGAAACUGUCAGUUUUCAAAGUAAAGUAAGCUUAUUUUCGCGCCCUCUAUGAAUCGUAUGUUUGUUGGGUGCUCCCUUGUGCGAUGCUGUAAAUUUAUUUCGUUAUGCUGCCUGCGUGGCAGACAUCAUGUGAAGAUUAUGGAGCUCAUUAUGCAAGGGAGGUUUAUCAUGAUUGGUCUGAAAUUAUGUGUUGAUCAAGCAUCACUAUAAAUGUUUUGAUUAAAUUACUAAAUUGUGUUAUUAGCUUGAGAACUUUAUUCAAAAGAGACGCCAUUUCUUUUAAAGACAAAAUUAGUUGUAAAAGAAGGGCAUUUCUUCAAAUUUUUCCUCUAGUAACUAGAAGGUCAUAGGUUAGACUUUUGUUUGGAUUACUAAGAUCCUUUCUUUUUCUUUAUGAAUUAUAAACGAGUUUAUUUAGCUCCCUUAAGCGACCACCCUCUAUUGUUUUGCCAUGUGGUUGCUUACAAGUGGUCAUUCUCGUAAUGACCAGGUCUAGUUUAUGAAGAAUUAUAUACCUGCCAACUCUCACGCCUUAGGGGUGAGUCUCACUCCUUAGGGGUGAGUUUCACGCCUGUGGGUUGAAAACUUCGAUCUCACGCCGGCUCACACUUGCGGGCCAAUUUCUCACGCCUGAUUGAAAAAUGUGAGUUGUUGCUGUCUUGCUUGACACAAUUUCCAAAAAUAUGUUAACUCAGACCCAUGUAAGGAAUGAAAACCAUGUGUAAAAUGAAUAAAUGACAAUACCUUCCUCGCGAUCUCUGAUUUUUGAAGUAAAAAGCACUGGGAGCGAGCUCGAGUUUAUACGCGUCCUAAGACUGGGACUCGAUAACAACGCCUUCAGCAGACUUCAGAUGUCUUCGGAAGACUUCGGACGUCUCCGGAAGUCUUCGGACUUCUUCAGGAAUCUUCGGAAAUGAUCGUGUCUCCUUCAAAAAUCCCAGCACUCCCAGGAUAAAAAUCUCACGCUUAUAUCUCAGAAAAAGUUGGCAGGUAUAGAAUUAUGCAGAUCGAGGAGGGUGUUAUCUAAAAAAAGUUGCAGUGCCAACUUCCCUCACCUGCAGCCAAUGACUGAAUUGCAGUGGAACCAGAGAGGUGAGAUUGGACUUCAGCAUGUAAAGGUGCACUUCUUGCAGCCACUUCAGUCCAUGUUUUGAUCACACGUCACCCACCCAGACCAAUGACGGCACAAGUCAGAUAGACCAUGACAUCAGGGCCUAUGUCCCCUACUCUUUUUUAUUAAUGUCAUGGGUUCUGUUACAUCCCCUUCCAACUGGAGUACAAGGAUGAAGGUGACAAGGCCAACGGCUUAAGGUCACUGCCCAAUGACGUGAUCAUCUGAACUGAGAAAGGAGUUUCACAGCUAGCAUGGUCUCACCAGUUUUUUUAAAGACCUUGGUUGAUGGUCCAGCGGGGGUUUGAACUCACAACCUCCCGCUCAGCAGACCUGCACCCUUCCAACUGAGCUAAUUGGGCGGUGGUAUCCACUAGGUGGAUAAUACCCUCUGAGAUCUGCAUAAUUCUUUAUAGUCUACAAAAGCCAAAUUCAUUAAUUGCAUCAUUAUUCAUUCAAAAUAAUUCCUAGUUUAACAACAAGCUAAAGCGUGCUUCCUUCGUCGAUUUUAAGUUCACCUCAUCAGUGCAUGUUUAGAAGAUAAAGGGCUGUUCAGGUUUGCAAAUAUACUCCAAAUAGCAGAUGUUGUCCGUCCAGUUGUCUUCUUGCUAUGUUUUUACACAAUACUUUGUCGUGAAACGAGUAAAAUGUUCCGCCGAUUGUUUAGCCAUUUUUCUUUUCACAACCAAAACAACUCAGCCUCGUCCCCAGGUCUAUAAACAGGCUAAUGCACAAGGAGCUUGUUGUGCAGAUUCUCUUCCAUUAACCUCAGGUAUUAACCUCAGGUAUUAGCCUCAGGUAUUGACUUCAGGUAAUUAUCUUCUUCCAGUAGUCUGUCAAACAAAAUAGGGCUUUUCUUUUUCUUGAGUUUAGGCAAUUUGACAAACGCAACUCUAGAAUAUUAUGACAUUUUGUUUAUGUUUUCACUUACCUAGAGCUUAGGGAGUAGAGCUCUUGCGAGCUAAUACACUCUCCAUGAAUUAUUAUGGGUAGGAGACACAGGGAAUUAUGAAUCAAACCAGUAUAAAAUUUUUAACCUGUCUACAAUUUUGACCUGUAACAUAUCUACAUAUCUGAACAAGUAAUUUAUGAAGCAGUUCCCUGAAAGCUAAUUGUAUUCCAUCCUGUUUUUGACAAACAUUUACUGCAUCAGUAGUUAAGCAAGCUGGUCUGUGAACAGCAAGAACCCAACUCCUAGUGCCAGCAGCAUUUUCCUUCAUGUUGAUGAAUUCACUAGAGUUUCAGCAAUUAAAACAUUUUCAUCUAACCCUCGGAAUUAUGCAGUUUUUCCUAAAAUUGGGACAGUAAAUAACAAGGUGCAAUUUACUUAAAAAAUAAUAUUUUGUACUUGCAGCCGACUUUCAAGUGGUGUAAGCUUCUUGAGAAAGAUCAAGGAAAAUGUCCAGAAAGUGCCUUCAAACUUUUGUUUUAUUCUUCAGCAUAUGGAUACUGCUGUUACCUACUAUUUAGUGGCAAAUAUGACUUUUUUCAUGACACAAGUACUUGCUGGAAAGGUAAACUUAACUGCUAAUCUCAUACCCAGAUCUUUUAUUGAUGAAGCUGAAGGUGAGAUCUGGUCUAAUCAGAUUUUGUACACGUUACUGCCUGUCAGGAAUGUGACGGGCAAUGAAAGAGUGGAUGCUGAAGAUAAAUCCUCUAUUUUCAACGGGUUGAACAACGAAUUUGAUAGAGCCAUGAUGUUUUUUCUGACAAACGGUGGUUAUAUGUACAUCUUAAGUAUGAACCAACUAAUUUGUUGUUGUUUUUGGUCUUUUUAACAUCGAAUUCAACUCAACAGUUAGUUUGAAUUUAAUUAUCAUUUGAUAGCGCGCACUUAACCCUCAAAGCAGUACGCGUCAAGAAUUUUUUCUAUCCCCUUCAAAAUUCUGUAUUGACACCGAGAGAGAGUUUUAAAAAGUCUUAAAAGAUAAGAUAAAAAUGGUUUUACAAGAUAAAUUGAGACAGAAAACUACUUCAUCAGUGAAAAUAUUUAUUUUAUCAGAACUAAAGACUUGGCAAAGAAUGAAAAAACACACGCCAAAGUGCAGGCAGAUAACAACACUCACACCAUUCACUCACAAUCUAACCAAUCAAAAAAACUGACAUGAUACAACUUACUUUGACUCUGAAGAUGACUACUGCAUAGGUUGUUGAAACAUCAGUCACUGUCAACAACAACAGUCCUAUUCAGACCUACAUUCACCUGGACUAUCCAACUCAGCCUACUUUUGAAAUGACUCCUGCACUGGGUUCAAACUUUUCACAAUUUUUAAAUUAAUGAUUUUUUUUUACGAACAUUAAACAAAUAACGAUAGGCAGGACUAAGAGUCAGGGACCAGGGAUUACUCCCGAGUAUGAUCCCACUGAGUAUUUUCUUAGGUCAAAAAAGAUUAAAUAAUAAAAAUUUAAAAGAACCUCCUAGCUGUUAAAAUCCUUGCCUCCCUAGUGCAUAAUUAUACACAGCAACUUGAAAUUAAGUGACUGGGUUGGUACCCAGGGUUUUCAAAAAUAGCGGACAAAUGGUGAAAAUCACCACCUACUUGGUGGCCAGCUACUAGCUCAAGCGCUGUCAAAUUUACUCUGACAUUUUUGCGAAAGAUGGCAAAAUAAGACACCUGUUUUCACAAUAACGCAGACCUGCAUCAAAACCUUCAGGCAAACUUAAGGUGUAAAAAAUUGUGUGGCCAAACAACACUGUAACAUCAAUUUUCUUUGAAUCCUAGGAUGGUACAAAGGAAUGCCAGUAGCUCAAGAUAUUUACAUACUCUAUGCAGUAGAAGCUGGAUUUUACUUUCAUUCAGUGUAUGCCACAUUUUUUAUGGACCAGUGGAGGAGAGAUUCCAUUCUUAUGAUUUUGCAUCAUGUUCUUACUAUUUCACUCAUUUCUUUCUCAUUUGCAGUCAGGUAAGAACUUAUGUAUCACAAGAAAUAUACAGCUCAAUUCCUUUAAGAGAUCUGAACCUCUUCUGAUAGCCAUUUGUAUUUCAGGAAUUGUUUAACUAUUUUUUAUGAAACUAGUAGCUACACUACCAUCCAGAUACUGGUGGGUGAAAAGGAAUGUAAUUUAAUUUGAAGAACAACUCCGAUAUUAAACCAACUGUCAGGCAACUGUCAGCCGACAGUUAACUGACAUAUUACUGACACCAUCUGCAUGAAGAACUGUUGAAAAUGAAACACCUGAGACACAACUGACAGCGUGUCUCACCAAAUAACCCUUUUACUAUGAACUUACCCUCAAACUGUGAGGAAAAUUGUCACAAUGGAAGCAAAUUAAACGAGCAAAACCACGUCCAUACUACCAGAGAAAGCAUGCUUUCAUUUGCCCUAUAUAAUGCAUUGAGAAACUGCAUUUAAAACUUGGGCUAGACUACCUGCCAGGAUCUAUAGUGCUCGCUCCCUGUUCCCUUACAAAUCAAACAUUUAGAUGCAAAUAUGAAGCUGUUCAAGAAAACUGGUAAAAGUUUAUUUUUCCUUUUUUCCUCAUAUUCAGGGGUACUUUCCAUUCAACCCAAAAUUCCGGAAAUUUCUGUUGGUACAUCAAAAUGGAACGGGCCAUUUUGGUUUGGUCUGACUGGAAUAUUUGGGACCCCAGCUUUGAAGGUAGUCCACUUUGACCAGACCGACCAAAAUCAAAUGUCCCUUUCCAUUUGACAAAAUUGUUCCCCAGUACCGCUCAUUUGUAUCCUAUACUUACAAGAACAAUAACCAAAUGCAUGGUGGCUUGGGUUGGGUCUGUGCAACCAGAAUGUACCGUUCUAUUACUGGGCAUGUGAAAUUUCCGAAAUUUCAAGCCAGAUUUUUUGUCGAAUGGAAAGUGGCCUAGUUGUUGAAUCUUUGGGAGGCAACUUUAAACCAUAAGCCAUUGUCAUCCCUAUGCAUCAAAAGUACCCAUGUCCCCAGAAAAUUAAGGGAUGUUGAUCCCAGUGUCAUUGUCCAUCUGACUUUCAACAGCAUUGGUCUGGGUCACUGAGUAAGGUGACAUCAAGUAUGUAUGGACUGUACCUGGGUCAGAAACAAGUAUAGUGUGCUUUUUAAAUUGUGCUUUAGACAAUUGGUAAAUCUCAUUUGUUUGGUUCCCCAGUAGUUCAGCCACUAGUCAGAUGUGAGGGCGGAAUUUUGUGGCACCAUUCCUCCUACUUCCUUCCACAUGUUGCAAACAAUCAACUCAACUUUCACAUGUACAUGUAAUCAUUUUCUCAGAAAGAAAUAAUUUCUUGAAUAAGGUUUACCAUGGGGCCCGUUUAGUCAAUUUCUGUUGUUGCAGACUAGUUUGUGACUCAAAAUGUUUACUGUUUCUCUUUUCUCUCUUUUAGAUACCACAGAAUUGGUUUACUUGUCCUGUUUCUUCAUGAUGUCAAUGAUGUUUUUCUAGAAUUCUCUAAACUCUGUGUUGCAUUCAAAUCCCGCAAUGGAAAGUACCACCUCAUACCAGAUAUUCUCAGUAUUGUUGGCUUUACUGUCUUUGCAUCAUUGUGGUAGGCAUGCAUUUCUAUUGUUUUUAACAUAAAACAAAAUUAAAGCGCAUUACAGCUGUAUGUGCACUGCUCAUGCUUUUGUCUCUCUUUUAGGUUUUAUUGUCGCCUGUACAUUUACCCAAUCAAAGUGCUUUUCUCUUGUGGUUUUGAUUGCCGCUUGUAUGUUCCCACUGCUCCAUUUUACUUCUUCUUCAACACAAUGUUGUGGAUUUUAUUUGCCAUGAAUGUUUGGUGGUUUCAGUACAUUGUCUGGCUCCUGAUUCGAAUAGUUACGGGGAUGAGUCGCAGUGUGGAAGACACACGAGAAAUUCCAAAGACAAAAACAGCAAAUGGUCAAAAUAUGGUAGAAAAUGAAGACAUGUCAAAUGGUAGCAAUAAAAACCAUGGUUAGUACAAAUAUGCCCUUAACAUGUUAUUUUUUAAAACAUUUUUUUUUAUAUUGCUACAAUAGUACGCGUGCUCUGAUUGGCUGCUGUGUGGGCAUUUUUCUUGUAAUGAUGAAGCAUUAUUAGCUAGCUGUCCAUGGCAUAUACAAUCUGUGUUUAACUUGAUAGUGGACAUCCUUAUGGACAUUUAUGUUAUGGUCAAUUGAGAGCUGUCAAAAAGGGUAUCCACAGACCAGUGUCACAUGAGUGUAUUGGGGGCUCAAGUCUACAACUCAUUGAGGUGACAUCUUUUUUUGAAGUUAUCCACUGGCCAGUUAUUGUUUUUAAUUGAUCACAGGCUCAGGUCCAUAAUGAAAAGGCCAUAUUAAAAUAAAUAACUUAUUAAACUUGUUAGUUCGGUCAUUACAGGGAAGUCUCAGACCAAGGCCUUGAUUUCCCUGUAAUGACCUCACUCUCAGUUUAUAAUAAAAGGUAUAUAUUAUUAUUAUUAUUAUUAUUAUUAUAUAAUUUCAUAUUGAAUAAUACAGCAGCACAUACAGGCAGAAUGAUCAUAAUUCCUGUGCAAUUUUUGCAAGCAUCUUUCAUGUCAAUGUCAACAUGUCUGUGACUGUUACCUGCAAAACAUCAGUCUGCUGACAAACAGUCCUUUUUAAAAUUUAAAAAUGAAAAUUUAGGACCAGACGUACCCAUCCACUAAUAUGAUGUGACGUUUGGCUUGAAUCAAUUUUUCCUUCCAUUUUCAAAAGUGGUUAUGAUGCAUAGUCACCUUGAAAAAACUUAUGAGCUUAAUGCUCAGUCAAAUGAGUGACAAUGCUGCCACUGAAUUUUAACCACAUGAAAGAUCACAUGAUCAGACCCCACCAAGGACUGAGGAGUUUACUUCCUUUUUGUAUCAUACUUGAGGGUGGCUUGUUAACAACUGAGGCAAAAACUUAUACAUGUGCUUCUGUAUUGGGCGCAAUCAAAGUUCUGCAGGCACUUCUUUAACCUGACCAGGCAUUUUAAAUACAUGUAGGCACUAAACAACAAGUGUCUACAGAACCUAGAUGGAUGGACUGAUAGAACAACCCUUAACACUAGGUUUUUAAUGGUUUUAAAGAACCACCUGUAAACUCCGGCGGCUGUCAAUAAGGGCCAGUAGCCGGCAAAAAGCGCCGGCUUCUUUCAUCUCCUUCUACCAUAACUGCUAACAAAAAAUUAAAAUAUUGUUAAGCAUCUGUUUCCCAGUUUUACAUGACAGUGAACGCAUAUUUAAACAGGUGUAGAUCUAUGAAACAUUCUAACCGUGUGAUGUCUUGGUAUGCCUGGCACAUUUAGACAGCAUUGUUCCCAGUCUUGCAUGUAUUCUGACAAAAUAAUAUGGUAUCUUCGGUGGAAAUAUCCCUUGAAAACCCCUCGAAACACCAUUUCCAAGACUCUAAAUUCAAAAUGUCCCUAGAUGCCUCAGUCCUUAAGAACUUGUGCCUUUGGUGUGAGUUUAAAGCCACCUACUAUUCAGUAUCAGCCUGCCAGUUAAAAACGUUUUGGCAGCCGUAGACUCCCAGUCCUUUUAGGGUGAGGCUGGGACCAGUUCAAAUGAUGCUUUAAGGCUGCCCUACUGUGGAAAAAAUAGUCACAAACUGUGAGGAAAAAAGAAACGUGGUCACAAACUAUUUGAAGUGUUGUAUUAAUUUGAACAUGAUCCACGUGAGGAAAGAAUGACUCUUCUAUGCACAAUGUAGUGAAGAGUAACAUUUUCUGUAUACAUGUACUUUUUUUACUUUUCAGUUAUAACCAGCAGUAACAAAAAGGAUGCAGACACCAAAAGAAUGAAUUAUGCUGACCAUUUUGUGGGACAAGAUGCUAAUGAGGCAAAGAUACAAAAUCGUCGGAGAAAGCCACGUACUAAACCAGCUAACCCGUAAACAAUGAAAUGAUCCAAAAUCAAGAUAUCCUGCAAGUCACUUAAGUAUAAUUACAAGACCCAGAUUGAAAAAAUUUACCCUAAAUCUGUUCACUAUCCUUGUUUUUUUUUUGUUAAAGCUCUGCACGUUUUGUCAUUAUUUAUACACAUUAAUUUAAGUUUAGUUUCCCUUUUUCCUUUGUGAAUAUUAUUAAUGGAUUCAUGAAUGGAAUUUAAUAUAAUAUAUUUAGGAGAAUAUUGUAUAUAACAGUAUUAAAAGUGCUUGUCAACAUACACACACACAGAAGGGGGUCCUCAGAUUUAACUUACAGUUUGUGAUGGAAAAUUACAAAAGGAACUAAGUUGUCACCCCCCCCCCCUCCCCUGUCCCCUCAAAAGAGGCCCCUUUGUUUGUCUAAAACCAAAUCUCCCAUAAAGUCCUACACAGUUCAGGGAAUAACAAAAAACUAACUCUUCAUUCUCUGCAUGAAAUCAAGCUUCAACCAAGAUGAGUAAUUACACAAUUUCACACUCACUAAAAUCCACAGAAUACCAGUUUCAAGUUCAAAAUCUUGCAAAGUGGCAUUUAAUACCCAAGUACCCUCAUCCCAAUCAUUCUUACUUGACAAUAUAAUGACCUUUCACUACAAGACACUACAAAUUGUUGGUUAUUAGCUGAAAAAAUGCUCCAGAAUUGCAUUUUUCAGUGUCUCUCAUGGCAAGAGAAAGGAGAGAGGAAGUGGUUUCCUCUCAUUUACACUUAGCUCUGCUGGCAGGAAAAGAAUACUUUUACUCAUAUUGUUGUCUGUUAUUUUUUUUGUAGAAUCUUCCUCUAUUCAUACAUUUUGUGAAUUUGAUAAAAGAACUUGGAGAUUUUUGUAUACCCAUAUUUCCAGUUCUUAAUUUAUUUUUUGGCAUUUAGUCAGAUUGAAUUAUUUAUGCAUAAUUUGUAGACUUAUUGAAAUAAAAUCUUUUAGAUUUUGGACAUAAUUAAUAAAUUUAACACAACAAUGUGUCAGAAUUCAAAUGCAUAGAAGUGGGUAAAGAGACAAAGCACAGCUCAGUUAGUAAUAAAUUUAGAAGGACGAACCAGGGUGAAAUUCUGUGUCUAGCCUAUAGAACAGUAAUACUCAUUGAAAUUCAAGGCAAAAAUUUAACCGUCAUUAAAGUCUGCGUUUCAAAUCUCUUUGAGGCCGGUGAGUUACUUUCCAUUCAUUCCUUUCUCUUUUGUUUCAACACUUGAUUUUAAACCCUUAGGGAAACCUUGGAAUAAUGCCUAGGGUGGGUCCCCCCCUUACAUUCGGGUGGAGGUGUUCGGGAUGCUUCCGUGCCUAUGCCAUCCGGGGGGACCAACAGGCAUCCAUGCAUUGGGUGAGUCCCCCUGAAACAUUCUUUUGAGGAUAUUUGGGAUGGUUCCUAGCAACUUCAAUUUUGUGCCUGUUCUAUCAUCGGAGACCCAAGGGCAGCUAAUAGGGACGACGAGAUAUUCACAAGCGGAAGUUUACUACAAGAACAGAAGAACGUAGCUUUGGCUGUGAGGAAGACUCAUUUUAAAACAGAACUGAAUGUAAGGCUGGCAAUAAGGCAAAGGGCUGACUUAUUUGAGGCCAAUAUUUCAGCUAACAAAAUUAGCCUUCCUCAUAGGAACCAGGCUCCGCAGUGGAAGCGGGGGGGGGGAAGGAGCCUGCGGUCCCAGGCCUCCUUCCUCGGGGCCAUGGCCAGAGCUGCACCGAAAAAGAAUGCUACAAGGGCUCCUAAAAUUUGAAUUUAAAUUGACAUGAGAGGUUAAUGAUAAACUAAAAAUGAGAACCAUAGAUAGCAUGAUAGGCUAAUUUUGUUUUAGCCGAUACUGAAUGGUCUUAAAUAGAGGAACCACGGUCUGUAUUAUUUACGCGUUGAGUGUACCUCUGCAUUCAAAGGUUAUUCUGACAUUCUUAUAAUUAUAUCCCGUAUGUCCUGUUGGCGUCACCUCAGUCGCCGAGGUUGAGCCUGUUCCAGGAUCUCUGUUAAGCUACGUACAAACGGACGCAACAUUUCUGGGAGUUGUUGCGUCCUUUUGCACGUAGCUAAAAGUUUGACCGGUUUCAAAUUUUGCGCAACAACUACCAACAACUCGCAACGACAUGCAACAGGGUGUGCAAACGAACACAACAUGAUGUAACAUCCAGCAAUGUUGCGGCCGUUUGCACGGGGCCUUAGUGGUGACGGGCGACUGAAAAAAAAAGAGCGUAGAGCAGAAAAAAGAUAGAGAGGGAGAGUAAGAGACGGAAGGGGGAGGAAGAAAAAAAAAUAUCCUUAUCAUCUCCCUUCUCAGCUCAACUCUUUGCCUUUGUAACUUUCACACCAAAAAAAUCGCCGAUGAUGAAUUUGCGGGUACAAAUGACCAUGAAAUCGCCCCAAUUUACAGGCACGAACAAAACUCGCAGAAAAAAAGAGCCGACAACGAUCUACUGUGUCAGUUUCAACUAACUCCUGACAACUGCAUCUGUUACCUGGAGUAACAACUAUCAUUCACUUUUAGUUUCUUCAUUUUUUCGACUGCUGGUGGGGCUAAGGAAACACCAGAAACCGUAUCAUAAAGACUUCUGUCUUAGGCCAUCGUCGCUUAAUAAAAAUAAAACAAAAACAACGGCUCACAAUGUUUAUCACCGCUGUUUGUGUCGUGUUGUGUAUUAUUUUUGAUUAAUCACCAGAAAUUUUUUCUACAAUAGUAUCAAAAACACUCAUAGCCUGAAACCUAGGGACGUUUCGCAGAGGAGAAGUUUCAAUACUGUGAAAAGUCCCUUGCGUCGAGGAGCGAGGACAGACGGUUGUAUUCGUAGGAUUAGAAAACUUAUCUAUUAAAUGAAAGAACUUUUGGAAGACAUAUUUAUGGUUCAAUAAGAAUUAGGGCGAGGUCACGUGAGAGGUCACGCGCACGCGAAAGUCACGGUGACCUGAGGUCAGGCCCAAUUUUAGUAACAUUCACAAGCUGUGAUCACAUGUACGGUAUCACUUAUAAAAUUUACUUAUUUUGAUUCUUGUCUUGUUUUCUUUGAUUUUGAUAUUUUAUAUUUGAUUAAAGAGAAAAAUAUUUUUGGUUUUAGUGUUUGAUUUCUCAACUGCAUUUUUGAUUUCCAAAAUUUCCGCGUUUGAUUCUUUCAGUACAUGUUUGAUUGUCAAAAUGAGGUCGUUUGAUUUCUCAAAUGACACUUUUGAUUUCCCAAACUUGUCUCGUUUGAUUCUUUUGAUUUCCAAAAUUUGUCGCGUUUGAUUUAUCAAAUGGCACUUUUGAUUUCCGAAACUUGGCUCGUUUGAUUUUUCAAAUGGCUAGCCUGCGUAGCAGGCGUCGAAAGGGGUAGGCCAGGGAGAAAGGGAAAAAGGGAGGGGGAUUGGGGAGAGAGGGGAAGCUCCCUUCCCUUUCCCCUCUUUCGUUCUUUUCUCCCUCCCCCUCCCCUUUUUGCGCCUGCCACGCAGGCUAUCAAAUGGCGUUUUUUAUUUUCAACAUGAGACUGAUAUGGAUCUUAUCCACGUGACAUUUUCUGUGGGUGGUAAGCCCUACUGUCCCGAAAAGCGCUCGAAAAUUCAAACGAAAUGUGCUCAUGCCCCCUGGGUAUCCUAUAAUACUCCUUCAAUCGAAUUAAUUCAAUAUGGCCGCCGUAUCGGUAAAAAGGUCUAUUGACUGAGUGUCCCACUGUCACGUGAAUAUCAUCCGUAUCUGUCUCAUUUAAAUGUCAUUUGAGAAAUCAAACGCGACAAAUUUUGGAAAUCAAAAGUGUCAUUUGAGAAAUCAAACGCGACAAACUUUGGAAAUCCAACGCGUCAAAUUUUGGAAAUCAAAAAUGCAUUUGAGAAAUCAAACGCGACAAACUUUAAAAAUCAAUAUGACACAAUAAAUACCNGUGAGAGGUCACGCGCACGCGAAAGUCACGGUGACCUGAGGUCAGGCCCAAUUUUAGUAACAUUCACAAGCUGUGAUCACAUGUACGGUAUCACUUAUAAAAUUUACUUAUUUUGAUUCUUGUCUUGUUUUCUUUGAUUUUGAUAUUUUAUAUUUGAUUAAAGAGAAAAAUAUUUUUGAUUUUAGUGUUUGAUUUCUCAACUGCAUUUUUGAUUUCCAAAAUUUCCGCGUUUGAUUCUUUCAGUACAUGUUUGAUUGUCAAAAUGAGGUCGUUUGAUUUCUCAAAUGACACUUUUGAUUUCCCAAACUUGUCUCGUUUGAUUCUUUUGAUUUCCAAAAUUUGUCGCGUUUGAUUUAUCAAAUGGCACUUUUGAUUUCCGAAACUUGGCUCGUUUGAUUUUUCAAAUGGCUAGCCUGCGUAGCAGGCGUCGAAAGGGGUAGGCCAGGGAGAAAGGGAAAAAGGGAGGGGGAUUGGGGAGAGAGGGGAAGCUCCCUUCCCUUUCCCCUCUUUCGUUCUUUUCUCCCUCCCCCUCCCCUUUUUGCGCCUGCCACGCAGGCUAUCAAAUGGCGUUUUUUAUUUUCAACAUGAGACUGAUAUGGAUCUUAUCCACGUGACAUUUUCUGUGGGUGGUAAGCCCUACUGUCCCGAAAAGCGCUCGAAAAUUCAAACGAAAUGUGCUCAUGCCCCCUGGGUAUCCUAUAAUACUCCUUCAAUCGAAUUAAUUCAAUAUGGCCGCCGUAUCGGUAAAAAGGUCUAUUGACUGAGUGUCCCACUGUCACGUGAAUAUCAUCCGUAUCUGUCUCAUUUAAAUGUCAUUUGAGAAAUCAAACGCGAUAAAUUUUGGAAAUCAAAAGUGUCAUUUGAGAAAUCAAACGCGACAAACUUUGGAAAUCCAACGCGUCAAAUUUUGGAAAUCAAAAAUGCAUUUGAGAAAUCAAACGCGACAAACUUUAAAAAUCAAUAUGACACAAUAAAUACCAAAAGGAUUUUUCCUUUUAAUCAAAAACAAGAUAUCAACAUCAUAGAGGACAAGAAAAGAAUCAGACAUCGUAAAUUUUAUUUGUGAUACUCCUCGAACACGGUACACAUGGGCGUACGGCAGUGUAGCAUAGUCAGCGAUUUGGCGCUUCAGUGUGACUACAAGUAUCACUUGAAACAGGGCAAACAAAAUACGGCAAACGUUUGGUACAGAAAAAAAAACAUUUUUCAAUACUUUUUAGUUUAUAUCACGUUCAUAACUUCCUUCUUCCUUUUAAUUCCCCCCUCCCCCCCUCCCCCCCACCCAUCCCCGAGAAGAAACGUUUUUUACCUAUUGGCUGGUUUCAAUUUAUUCAUACUGCUGCCCCGUCAGGUGCUGCGAUAAACGUAUUUCUGGUAUAAAAUACUUUCCAAGCAACAAUCCAAGCAGUAUUCUUUCGCUCCGGUCUCUUUCUUCUUUAAAGCGCUUUUUAAGUCACGUGACGAGGGUUAUGCUGAACCUGAGCCUCCCCUCCCAUAAGGCAUUCCGCUCCUUUGUGCAAAAAGGUGGUUCCAAAAUGGCGGUAGGAUUCUUCGAAGCCUUCAUGAAAAUAUGGGACCAUUGUUUUAUUGAAUGGGAGGAACGAGGCCCAAACGAAACAUUUCUAACAGAUUUCUUUAAGGAGCUCUCCAUCUAUGGCUUUAUAUCAGUUAAUGACAUUCUUCUAUGUCUGUGUCUUGGUGUUUUGAUCACGAUCUUGCGUUAUUUCUUGACGGUAGCUGUCUUCAAGGUGGGUGAGCGUUUUUUGCAAGAUUAAUUAAGCUUAUUUUUAUUGCAAGUUUUACUGAGAGAUGGGCUGCCACUAGUCCAUGUCAUUAAAAAUUUACGCCGGUUUGGUCUAUAUUUGUGUUACGAGCGGGAUUCGUUUGGUUUUAGUGAAAGUAAACUACACGGGUUUUGCACGCAAACAAGCGAGCAAAGAUCGUCACAAUGUGCAGGGAGAUCAGCGACCCGUUUCGACUUAUUUUGUUUUGUUGUUAAUCGUAAACCCAUUGUGGAAAUAGUUUACUUGAACCACGAAAACCGAACUACUCCUACACUGAAGUCAUCAAUUGCUAUUUACUGUUACUAAAACUUCAGUUGUAUGUUCAGAGGUCAUGCACUCCUCCGCUUCCAUUCUAGAUUUAUAAAUCGCACUAUCACUUGCAAAUUUUGUGUUGGAAGUAUUUUUAACAGUCUUUGCCUUAUUUAUGUUUUUAGAGGUCUUCUCGGCUUGCAAAUUUGAUCUUCCAGUAAGCUUAUAGAGUUUUAAGUUGUGUUUUGUGAAUAUGUUAAUAGUAUUUUUAAUUCAUUUUACUAGUUUGCGAAAUCAACCUGUCGGCUUCUUGACAUAUUAUAAUAUUUCAGCGCUGGUGUUGUUAACGUUAAAACGCACAUAGUUCUAGUUUUUCAAUUCAAGCAAAAUGCUGCUUAUAGGUUCACUGAAUUGGGUUUGAGUAUGUUUCAUUGGGACGUCGAGUCUUUGUGAAAUGUUUAGAAUUUUUCAGUUUAAUUUGUUUACGUUGUGUGAUGUUGGCCCACGUGUGUUUUAUGGAAAUGUUUUGAUAAGUUAUUCAGUUUUAAAAAGUUCAAAACAAGCAACUCCUUUCUGGAAAUACGUGUUUGACUGUAGAAGAAUUCAGCCCAUGUUUAAUAGUUAAUCCUCUCUGUUCCCUCUAGAUAGCAUUCGUUCAUUGGUAAUAAUCAUCGAUAAUCUUGUUCAAAGCUGCAAAAUGAUCAAUAGCUUUGUUCUCCUCUCUUGAUGUUAUUUUCAUGUGCAGAUCAAUAAAAAUGAGAAGUCGAAUAUGACUCUACCAUACCAUGCAGACUUGCCAACCUCCAAAAGGCAAAAAAUGUGAGACUCUGAGCCUUAUAGAGCUGGAAAAAGUAGAGAGAAAUGGGUAAAAAGCCAUAAGAUGUCCCAAAUUUUCUGUUGGAAGGCCUUUCACUAGAGAAUAUGGGUAUUGGAAGUCACAUAUCACUUUAAAGCUGGAGUAGCAAACAUCAUGAUCAAUUUUACUAAUUAGGUUUUGUAAUUUCUAUGUUUUGUUAGUGGCCAUCUUGAGAGAAACAGCUUCACAUUUGGUGGCAGCAGCAAGUAGCGUAAGGCUAGAAGAAUGCAAUCAAACGUGACUGCUAAUUAAGCAUUUUCUUUGGAUUGAGCUGGCUAUCUAUUGAUAUCUAACUAGGAAACGAACCCUAUAACUCCAAACUUUUUUGGAGAAAUCAUUUGCCAACUCGUGAGAACACGAGAUAGGUCGUGAAAUUGUGAGUCUCUGCGAGACUUGGCAAUUCUGAUAACAGCGCCACCCAAAUCAAAGUUAUAGUUAAAGACAUAAUUGAUCAAAUACUAUAGCUUAAACAUGUAGGCUACAGCUACUGAAACGCUAACACCUUAUCGCCUCCAUGUUAAACAAACGACAUUGUCCACCCCAAUUAUAAUUGAUUGUUACUGAAAACCUGCAAUAAUUAUAGAACAGGUUCAAUAGAUUAUUAUGGGAAAAUAUAAAGAAAUACUUGUCACCAAAAACUUCUAUGUUGUUUUAAACCAUAUUUGAUGACUCUUUGCUGAUAGAUUAAUUUUCAUAUUGUAUGUUUUUGUCUUGUUUUAUAACCAGGGUACAAGUCACGUUUACAACUUGUCUGUCAGGCAGGCUGUAGCUAACAUGUACCAGCCCAAGAGUCAUUUAAACUAGCCCAAAAAACAUUUUUGAAGCGUAGGAUUGAUUAUGGUUCGUCAAUCUGUAAUUUGAAUACCUUCCAAAAACUUCACUCUCCUAUCAGGCAAUUUCAGAACAGAAUUCACUAAGCCCCAGGCUAUCAGACACGACUUUCUUUGCUUACUCGUGAUAACAUGGCACAUCAGACCUGCUUAAUUCAGUAGUAGUCCACAGUCAGAAGCACAAAAGAUUAAUAUAUAUUUUUUGACUUGUAUUCAGGUGAAACGUAAAUGGAAGUGGUAUAAAGAAAUUUUUCCCAUUGUAAUUGACGAUUGAUUGGUUGGGGUCAAUCCAAGUACUUCUGAUCAUUGAUUAUGAAAUCUCAGCUGAUUCCUAGCACUACUCAGUUGGGUAUCUUUUAGUUCAGAUAACUUGAAAGAGAAAACAUUUGUUUUAAGAGCAUUUAUCUGUUGUACUUGCGAUAUACAAAUAAUAAAUUAUAUAGAAAUUUAAGCUACAUGUGUAAAUGAUGUGUGCAAUAUUGUUUCAAAUUAGCUCACCGGUAAACUAAUACUUUGAUUGAACACAUUAGCAAUCAAUAUAGCCAGAUUCUCCUGAGCCAAUUUAUGGUUGGCAUGGUUAUUAUAAUAAUAAUAGCUCUUCAUUUUGCUUGUACAAAAAAAAAUUCUGCACCUUCUAGCCUGUGAAUGUCAGAACAUGUUUUGCAUUGAUGGAGCUAGUUACAUUCAUGGAGUCACUAGUAAAUGUCUUCGUGGUUGGAAAUUUAUUUUUAGUUUCAAUUUUAUCAGUGGAUAUUAGGAAAUUCACAUGUAUGACUUUAAAGUUGUAAUCAGGAUUUUUUUAAUUAUUAUUAAUUUUAUUACACCUUUGCACUGCAUUUGGCCAGAGGUUAUUCCUUGUUUUUUUUUUUUGCAGGGGAGAAUAGUAAUCUUCCAGGGAGACAGUGUUUCUACUAAAAUUUCUGUAGCUCAAAGUUUAAUAUUUUAUUACUGGAACAAAUUUUACUUUGUUUGCAGCUAUUAUUUGUACCUUUUUUUCAUUGAGAGAAACAGUGGUUAAAUCAGUCGCCUUAAAAAGUGUUUUCCAACUUUGCCAAAAAAAAUAUUCUCUCUUUGAGUACUAUUGCACAUAAAGAUUUUUGUUAUGCCCCUAGUGACACACACACCCUUGUCACGGUAUUAGGUUUCAGUUAGUUUUGUUAUAAUGUUACUUCAAUCCAGUUACACAUCAGGUUUCUGGUGGUCAUGAAGGUUGUUGGUUUGUUCAGAUAGCUAGCGUCAGUAAGCUUUCCAUUGAAGGAUUUACAUGUAGGUAUCUGCAGUUUAACUGGAACAGGCUUCAUGUACAUUGUAUGUCACUUGCUUGUGAGACACCCCAUGAAGGUAUCCAUCUGGUAACCUUAAGUGAGUAUCUUGUACAGGUUUAAGUACAUAUUUUAACAGCGUCAUUCUUGCUUUUGAAUUGCAGCCUUUUUUCAAGUGGUGUAAACUCCUUGAGAAAGAGCAGAAGAAGUGUCCCGAGAGUGCCUUCAAGCUUAUAUUUUACUCUUCUGCAUAUGCAUAUUGCUCGUAUAUUUUGUUUGGCGGGAAAUAUGAUUUAUUUCAUGACACAAAUAAUUGUUGGAAAGGUGAGUUUAUAGAGUUUUUUUUUCACUAUAGUAAACCUGAUAGGGAAGGUCAAUUUUAAGGCUUAUGGUUCCUUUUCUCUUAGUAUACAAAAUAAAGACAUGCAAUAUAUAAAAUAAUAUUACUAACUUGAGUAUUGUGAUUUGAGUUCUUAUAGGUUCACUGAAUUGGGUUUGAGUAUGUUUCAUUGGGACGUCGAGUCUUUGUGAAAUGUUUAGAAUUUUUCAGUUUAAUUUGUUUACGUUGUGUGAUGUUGGCCCACGUGUGUUUUAUGGAAAUGUUUUGAUAAGUUAUUCAGUUUUAAAAAGUUCAAAACAAGCAACUCCUUUCUGGAAAUACGUGUUUGACUGUAGAAGAAUUCAGCCCAUGUUUAAUAGUUAAUCCUCUCUGUUCCCUCUAGAUAGCAUUCGUUCAUUGGUAAUAAUCAUCGAUAAUCUUGUUCAAAGCUGCAAAAUGAUCAAUAGCUUUGUUCUCCUCUCUUGAUGUUAUUUUCAUGUGCAGAUCAAUAAAAAUGAGAAGUCGAAUAUGACUCUACCAUACCAUGCAGACUUGCCAACCUCCAAAAGGCAAAAAAUGUGAGACUCUGAGCCUUAUAGAGCUGGAAAAAGUAGAGAGAAAUGGGUAAAAAGCCAUAAGAUGUCCCAAAUUUUCUGUUGGAAGGCCUUUCACUAGAGAAUAUGGGUAUUGGAAGUCACAUAUCACUUUAAAGCUGGAGUAGCAAACAUCAUGAUCAAUUUUACUAAUUAGGUUUUGUAAUUUCUAUGUUUUGUUAGUGGCCAUCUUGAGAGAAACAGCUUCACAUUUGGUGGCAGCAGCAAGUAGCGUAAGGCUAGAAGAAUGCAAUCAAACGUGACUGCUAAUUAAGCAUUUUCUUUGGAUUGAGCUGGCUAUCUAUUGAUAUCUAACUAGGAAACGAACCCUAUAACUCCAAACUUUUUUGGAGAAAUCAUUUGCCAACUCGUGAGAACACGAGAUAGGUCGUGAAAUUGUGAGUCUCUGCGAGACUUGGCAAUUCUGAUAACAGCGCCACCCAAAUCAAAGUUAUAGUUAAAGACAUAAUUGAUCAAAUACUAUAGCUUAAACAUGUAGGCUACAGAUACUGAAACGCUAACACCUUAUCGCCUCCAUGUUAAACAAACGACAUUGUCCACCCCGAUUAUAAUUGAUUGUUACUGAAAACCUGCAAUAAUUAUAGAACAGGUUCAAUAGAUUAUUAUGGGAAAAUAUAAAGAAAUACUUGUCACCAAAAACUUCUAUGUUGUUUUAAACCAUAUUUGAUGACUCUUUGCUGAUAGAUUAAUUUUCAUAUUGUAUGUUUUUGUCUUGUUUUAUAACCAGGGUACAAGUCACGUUUACAACUUGUCUGUCAGGCAGGCUGUAGCUAACAUGUACCAGCCCAAGAGUCAUUUAAACUAGCCCAAAAAACAUUUUUGAAGCGUAGGAUUGAUUAUGGUUCGUCAAUCUGUAAUUUGAAUACCUUCCAAAAACUUCACUCUCCUAUCAGGCAAUUUCAGAACAGAAUUCACUAAGCCCCAGGCUAUCAGACACGACUUUCUUUGCUUACUCGUGAUAACAUGGCACAUCAGACCUGCUUAAUUCAGUAGUAGUCCACAGUCAGAAGCACAAAAGGUUAAUAUAUAUUUUUUGACGUGUAUUCAGGUGAAACGUAAAUGGAAAUGGUAUAAAGACAUUUUUCCCAUUGUAAUUGAUGAUGGAUUGGUUGGGGUCAAUCCAAGUACUUCUGAUCAUUGAUUAUGAAAUCUCAGCUGAUUCCUAGCACUACUCAGUUGGGUAUCUUUUAGUUCAGAUAACCUGAAAGAGAAAACAUUUGUUUUAAGAGCAUUUAUCUGUUGUACUUGCAAUAUACAAAGAAUAAAUUAUAUAGAAAUUUAAGCUACAUGUGUAAAUGAUGUGUGCAAUAUUGUUUCAAAUUAGUUUACUGGUAAACUAAUACUUUGAUUGACCACAUUAGCAAUCAAUAUAGCCAGAUUCUCCUGAGCCAAUUUAUGGUUGGCAUGGUUUUUAUAAUAAUAAUAUAUAGCUCUUCAUUUUGCUUGUACAAAAAAAAAUUCUGCACCUUCUAGCCUGUGAAUGUCAGAACAUGUUUUGCAUUGAUGGAGCUAGUUACAUUCAUGGAGUCACUAGUAAAUGUCUUCGUGGUUGGAAAUNUUUUUUGACGUGUAUUCAGGUGAAACGUAAAUGGAAAUGGUAUAAAGACAUUUUUCCCAUUGUAAUUGAUGAUGGAUUGGUUGGGGUCAAUCCAAGUACUUCUGAUCAUUGAUUAUGAAAUCUCAGCUGAUUCCUAGCACUACUCAGUUGGGUAUCUUUUAGUUCAGAUAACCUGAAAGAGAAAACAUUUGUUUUAAGAGCAUUUAUCUGUUGUACUUGCAAUAUACAAAGAAUAAAUUAUAUAGAAAUUUAAGCUACAUGUGUAAAUGAUGUGUGCAAUAUUGUUUCAAAUUAGUUUACUGGUAAACUAAUACUUUGAUUGACCACAUUAGCAAUCAAUAUAGCCAGAUUCUCCUGAGCCAAUUUAUGGUUGGCAUGGUUUUUAUAAUAAUAAUAUAUAGCUCUUCAUUUUGCUUGUACAAAAAAAAAUUCUGCACCUUCUAGCCUGUGAAUGUCAGAACAUGUUUUGCAUUGAUGGAGCUAGUUACAUUCAUGGAGUCACUAGUAAAUGUCUUCGUGGUUGGAAAUUUAUUUUUAGUUUCAAUUUUAUCAGUGGAUAUGAGGAAAUUCAAAUGUAUGACUUUAAACUUGUGAUCAGGAUUUUUUUAAUUAUUAUUUAUUACACCUUUGCACUGCAUUUGGCCAGAGGUUUUUCCUUUUUUUUUGGCAGGGGAGAAUAGUAAUCUUCCAGGGGAGACAGUGUUUCUACUGAAAUUUCUGUAGCUCAAAGUUUAAUAUUUUAUUACUGGAACAUAUUUUACUUUGUUUGCAGCUAUUAUUUGUACCUUUUUUUCAUUGAGAGAAACAAUGGUUAAAUCAGUCGCCUUAAAAAGUGUUUUCCAACUUUGCCAAAAAAAUAUUCUCUCUUUGAGUACUAUUGCACAUAAAGAUUUUUGUUAUGCCCCUUGUGACACACACACCCUUGUCACUGUAUUAGGUUUCAGUUAGUUUUGUUAUAAUGUUACUUCAAUUCAGUUACACAUCAGGUUUCUGGUAGUCAUGAAGGUUGUUGGUUUGUUCAGAUAGCUAGCAUCAGUAAGCUUUCCAUUGAAGGAUUUACAUGUAGGUAUCUGCAGUUUAACUGGAACAGGCUUCAUGUACAUUGUAUGUCACUCGCUUGUGAGACACCCCAUGAAGGUAUUCAUCUGGUAACCUUAAGUGAGUAUCUUGUACAGGUUUAAGUACAUAAUUAUUUUAACAGCAUCAUUCUUGCUUUGGAAUUGCAGCCUUUUUUCAAGUGGUGUAAACUCCUUGAGAAAGAGCAGAAGAAGUGUCCUGAGAGUGCCUUCAAGCUUAUAUUUUACUCUUCUGCAUAUGCAUAUUGCUCGUAUAUUUUGUUUGGCGGGAAAUAUGAUUUAUUUCAUGACACAAACAAUUGUUGGAAAGGUGAGUUUAUAGAGUUUUUUUUCACUAUCCGUAAAAUAUCCCUAUCAGUAAACCUGAUAGGGAAGGUCAAUUUUAAGGCUUAUGGUUCCUUUUCUCUUAGUAUACAAAAUAAAGACAUGCAAUAUAUAAAAUAAUAUUACUAACUUGAGUAUUGUGAUUUGAGUGAGAAGAGCCCUUUUGAAAGGGAUGGCCCAAUUAAGAUUAAGGUGGAAUGUGCAUUUGUAUCACAGCAUAUACAUUUUGUUUUACUUUUAUUUAAGUGUCACAUUGCUUAAAAGUAUUGCAAAAAAUUAAAUUUGUAUGUCUUUUCUUUCAACUUAGGAUGGUACAAAGGGAUGCCAAUUCCUCAAGAUAUUUACACACUUUAUGUAGUAGAAGCAGGAUUUUAUUUUCAUUCAAUAUAUGCCACAUUCUUUAUGGAUCAGUGGAGAAGAGAUUCCCAUCUUAUGAUCAUGCAUCACAUUUUAACUAAUGCACUCAUAUUUUUCUCAUUUGCUGUCAGGUAAGAUGCGUGUUUAUUCAUCUGUAAUUUAACAGACUAAAAAUGGUAAAUAAAUGCUUUGUGAGUGGCGGGUGGUUUUACCGCAAAGUUUUCAAUAUCAUGGUAUCAUAGUCUGUAAGAGUCCAGACAAUGGAAAAUUGAAAAGGUGCUUUGAGUGUUCUCUUUUCUUUCUCAAGAAAAUACUAGGUUAUACACAUAGAAAGUUUAGUACCCCAUCAUCAGAAGUCAUGUACAACAGUUGUUGGACUUUUUCCAGUCACUUCUGUUAAUUAAAUUUUGUAUCUUACAGUAUGACUUUCAAUUUGUUAUUUAAGUCUCAAAGGACCAUUCAUGGCAAAGUCGCUUGAAAAUCACAUGCAAGAGAUGAGAGAAAAGCAAAUUUCACUGUCCAAUUUUUUAUAUAUACUAAUAUUUUGUAUACUGUCAUAGACCAAAGCCCUCGAACAGUGAGUAUGCAGGAAAUCAGCCACUCAGUUGUAAAAAAAUAAUAUUAUUGUAGCAUGAUUUAAUUUUUAGGUCCCUCAUUCUAUUCAUGUGUUCUUUCUGUCAUUUCAGAUACCACAGAAUUGGACUGGUAGUGUUGUUUCUUCAUGAUCUCAAUGAUGUUUUCCUAGAAUUUUCAAAACUCUGUGUGGCCUUCAAAACACGCAAUGGAAAGUACUGUCGCACAUCAGAUAUACUUAGUGCUGUUGGUUUUGUUUCAUUUGUUUCAUCAUGGUAAGCCUUAGUUUCGAUGUAUGGAAGAAAUACCUGCGACUGCAACAAAAGAGAAUAAAGAAAGACAAAAAAAGAGAACACUUUAGAUAAAAUAAAAUGUUCUUAAAGUUCAUAGCUGUUUAUUGAUCAGGUGAUCAGCUGUUAAUUGUUAAAGUUGAGUUCCAUAGCAAGUUAGGACAUGUUAAUGGUGAUGUCAACAAAAUGAACUAAACAGCCAUUACACGGCACCUGUACAUGUAAUUAUUCUAACAAUACAUUGAUUCUAAAAAAACCCAAGAAGGUGUUUUAAUUCUGCCUGUAUGUCCUUAUUUACCUAAUUUAUUUAUUUUCAGGUUUUAUUGCCGUCUCUACCUUUACCCAAUAAAAGUGCUGUACCCUUGUGGCUGUGGUGGCCGUCCAUAUGUUCCUACAGCUCCGUUUUACUUCUUUUUUAAUCCCAUGUUGUGGAUGUUAUUUGGCAUGAAUUUAUGGUGGUUUCAGUACAUGGUCUGGCUCUUGGUUCGAAUAGUAACAGGGAUUAGUCAUGGUGUAGAAGACACACGAGAAAUUCCAAAAAGCACAACAACCAAUGGAAAGCUAGUAGAAAAUGGUGAUGUUUCAGUGGGCAAUGACAUUCAUGGUAAGGUCAUAAAAAAUAUGUACAGUGUAUUACAGAAAAAAUAUUUUUCAACACCAACAAUUUGCUAACAGUUUAGAAGAGCUUUCGGAAUCCGUCCGGGGCCCUUUUUCAGUGAUGAUGUUAGUUGUUAAGCUCUGCUAACCUUACAGCAAAUUGUUGGUGUUAAAGAAUAAUUAUUUGUUUCUGUAAUAUGAUGUCCCAACAGCAGAAUCUUCACCCGGCCAUAUACAGUGUAUCUUAGUCCCAACUUUUCCUCCUUUCAAGGGCAUGAAAUUAUUCUUUCCAUAUUGAUAUUGGAUUCUGGUAGAUAUUCUGACAAAUUCCGAGCAUGAGAAAGAUGGUUUUUUAAUCACUGACACAGACACCUUGGAAAAAAAAUCCAAAUUCUUCAAAUAUACAUGUAAUAAUAAUAAUAAUAAUAAUGGAAUUUAUAUAGCGCUUAUACAUCGCUGUUCUAAGCUCUUUACAAUGUAGCCUGCGUAGUAAGCGUUUCCUCGCGAGGUUCGUCCAGAAAGCUGGGAAGAGAGCAAAAAAAACUGAAUGACAGGGGAGGGGAAGGGGAAAGAAGGAACUGCUUGCCCGCAAACCCCACGAUUUUGAAAAACUGUGUUCGCCCACGAACGCAGCUUCUGAUUGGCACGGUGCAGGUAGUGUUGAUUACUUAGCAUUCGAAACAUCAAUCAAACCAGGUAUGCUUUGUUUUCGUGUGUCACAGUUCUGGUCUCAUCUGAUUUGUGGUCGCAGAUUACAAAUGCUUUGGACUGAUAUUUAUUUGAAUCGUGUUUGUGUGAAGGUUUAUGAGAUCAGAGUCUUCAAAGUAUAAUUGGAGAUCGAGCAGUGGAGACUAGGGAAGGCCAAUUUAUUGAGAAUGACGGCGUGCGGAUCUGACUGGAAAAAAUGGACUGUUUGUUGGAGAUAACAUCAACAUAAAUCAGAACAUCGGUACUUGACACUAGCUAAAGCCGCCAUGGACAAGCGAUUUGUCAGCUUUUAGAAAUGAAAAGAUUCUUUUUGUUUAUUGGAAAUUUAGCAGCAUCUAUUGUAGACAACGUUUCGACACAGGCUGAAUAGCAGCCGCUCUGCAAAACUUAUACCCGGCUGAGUGAAUUGUUCCGGACAAAUCAUUGACAUGUCGACAAGGUUUCAGAAAGGUUUCAAGAAAUUCCACAGCAAUCACUCAAAGUUUUAACUUUCUUUUAUCGUAAAUCUUUAAUUUUUAUUACAGUUCUUGCAAUCGCCUGCAACGUGUUCUAUUAGAGAACAAAGUAAUUUUCAAAUCUGGUAAUCCAGGGGUAAUCUGUUCGUUAUGUUUCUAUUUUGACGAGCUGUCAAUUUACAAAUGAACCGAACCGUGAAACAUCAAGGGGCGUUUUCCAGAAUCGUGGGGUCUGCGGGCAAGGGUUUCCUCUUCUCCCCUCCCCCUCCCCCUUCAACCUUUUUUUUUGCUUCUGCUCUAACUUUCGCGCAAUAACUCGAUUGGAAACGCUUGCUACGCAGGCUAUUUACAAUGUAAAAAAGGACAUAAGAAUAUCAUUAAUCACAGGCUUACAUAUAACACUACUGUACAUACUGGGAAAUUAAUAGCAUACACAUCUUAAAAAGGAAAGAAAACAAAAACAAAUAUGAUGAAACUAAAUGUCAUAUGCCUUUUUAAAAAGAAAUGUUUUCAACUUAGAUUUAAAAAGAUUAACAUCAGAACAAGCUUGAAUUUCAAAGGGGAGCUUGUUCCCUAGUUGGGGGGCAGCAACGGAAAACGCUCGCUGGCCAUUAGUUUUCACGUUAAAAUUUGGUUCUUCAAGGUGUAAAUGAUCCCUUGAUGAUCGUAAUGUCCUUAAUUGAUGGUAAAAUUUUAAAAUAUCUUCAAGAUAACAUGUAUGCAAAUCCAAAACUUCUAAGCAAUACCAAAAGUGUUAUAAUUUAUGACUUUUAAAGGUUACUGAAGAUGGGUAAAAAAACUUCUGUAAUAAUUGUGAACAAAUGGCCAACAGACUGCCAACAAUUGACCUCCAGCAGUGGCCAGUAAAUUUAGGCCAAUUCUCAACUGACUGUUGGUGUUACAUGUAUAAUUAUUGGUAAUGUGCCACGAAGCUGUUGUUAAACAUUAUCGUUAGUUUUUACUUUUUUUUUUGCCUAAACUGCACUGAUAAUGUAAAAAAAUUUUGAAAGUUGCUGUAAUCACCACCCAUAUUAUCAUAAGCUGAAGUAGUGAAAAAGUUAUUUUUUGUGCAAGGACCUUGAUUUUUAUCAGUGUCCAUUUUGCAAAGCUUGCAAAACAUUAUAGGGUCAUCCAUUUUGAGACAUGUUCAGUUGUUUGUGUUCAUUAAUGCAUGUUUUUCAUAUAAACGCUCAGCCUAAGUUGGAAUAACAAGUGUAAAAAGUGUAAUAUAACAGGCUUCAUACCCAUCUAACUUUAUUUGAUUUUUCAGCCACCUAUAACAGUAGCAACAGCAAGGAUACUAAGCUAAGAGAUGAACAUGUUGAUGCCAAAAGAAAUGCAACUAGAGAUCAAUUCCGACAAAGACAACCACACACAGGGCCUGCAAAACAAUAGGAAAAUGAUGAGCAGUUGGUAUUGUCCUUAUGGUAUGUAUUUUAGUUAUUGCUAUUUGUGUUGUUUUGCAUUGUCAUGCAAAGAUUUCUGGACUAAGAGUUUCUGUGCAUUAAGUUUUUUGCUACAGAUGACCCCAGCACCCGAGACCUAUUGUAGUCAACUGUCUGGUAUUUGUUACAGCUGUAUUCCGGCCCCUAGGGUGUUCUUUUACAUUUUACAGAGUAAGGUUAAGUGAAAAUGUUGGGAGACAAGGCCUUAUGUUUUUCAUACUGGUCUUAUCCUACAUAUAGAACACAAGAAGGUCUAACCAUUAAUUAUUUUGCAAAUGUGAAACAAAGACAAUAUUCACCAUCUUAGUCACUGUAAGAGUACAGCUGUUGGUCCAGCUUGGAAUUAAACCUACCGUGUGGCACAAAAUUUUUUGCGGGAGUUCAUUUUUGCGGAUAGGCAAUUUUGUGUGAUUUUUGUGAUAAGGACAGAUUGGUUUUUCUUGCUGGGAAUUGAUUUUUGCGAUUUUCAGAGAGUACCAUACCCAGUAAGCAUUGAUAAUAUUUUCGUUUUUAUUGAGUACAUGCAAUAGAAAUACAUAAUUAUUUUUAAACAAUAAACGAGUAUUUCUUUGAAUACCAUUUUGUUUCUGGGUGAAAAAGACAAGUUGCGAUUGAACAGACACGGUUUCUAAUACUGUAUUUUUGUGUAGCCAAUUUAGGUUAGAGAAUAUUUACUCUGCAGUAAAUUUUUGCGGGAAAAAUGUUUGAUUUGCAGAAACUUAUUUUAGCAGAUCACUGGAAAAAUUGAAAAAAAUUAGAACCGGCAAAAAUUUUGUUGUUUGCAGAGUAGGUCAUGACAUGAUAUAGUGUAGAGCGUGACACAUUUCGUGUAGACUUACAUCACACUAGAGAAUAAAUGAAGCACAUGGUCAACUAGAUAGUUGCAGUAGUGAUUUCACAGCUAGCAAUUAUCUAACUGAUUUAUGUAUUGAGAGGAUACAACAGGCCUGCUCCUCUGAUGUCUACAUGUAGUACCCCACUGCAAGGUUACUAGGCCUCUUGUGUUUUCAUGUAAAAUAAAAUAUAUAUUGGUAAUCCAUCUCCUUUUGAUCAUUAGUUUAUCACUGGGCUUCACAUACCAGCACAAAUCUUACCAGGAUUGAACAAGAGACUGAUUGUACAGCCUGUAGUUCCAUAUAGGACAGGAGUCAGAAUAAUGUCAAAGCUGGCUGAGUUUACUGAAAAUCAAGACCAUUCUGGUUACUCAAAUGAGCUGGUAAUAUUUAAUACCUGACUUAGCACAUAACCACUUUGUGUUGAAUUUUAGGAAUGAAAGUUUUUUUAAGAAAUACACUUAGUCAUAGAUUAGAAAAUUUAUCUAAACCAUUAUUCUCCUUCAGACCAAAAAAAAAACGUUUUUAGGGUUUGACAAAGGUGGUUGUGUCCAUGGCCUUAGCAGCUAUUUUUUAAUAAUUAAUAAUUUUUUACCUACAAUACUAUUUUAAUAGUAAUAGUGGGUCAAUAUAAAUACUUCAAAUAGGCAGUGUUCCACACUGGUAACUAGUUUCCACAAAUUAAUAGUUUCCUUGAGCAAGCUCCAGUUUGCACCUUUUUUAAUGGGCAGUAAUAAUAUUAUUAAUUCUUUCUUCAAAUGUUUAUACUUGUUUUCUGUCUGAAUUUAUGAUAUUUAUGAAAUAUUAU